AGCACCAAAUACCAAACUCUAAUCAACGCAGAGUCAACAAUUCGUUCGAGAGCAUUUUCGUUUUUCAAUCAAGUUGGAGUCGUUACAAUCAUAGUCGAAGAAAGCUACGGGCUUUGGAUUAUUUCCCCCGUUGUGUUUUACAAAAAUGCUUAAUCAGGUUGCUGUAGAGGCUAUUUAUUCAGCCACGUAUUUAGAAAACUACCUUGAUAGUGUCGAGAAUCUCCCAAACGACUUACAACGACACAUUUCAAGAAUGAGACAGCUGGACGUUGACUUCCAAGCCAUUUUAAGAGAUAUUGAGCACUACAGUGAUGUAAUACAAAGAGGUCCAGAGGCACAAGAAAGCCAAGUAGAUUCAGGAGAUGAAAAACCAAGUGGAUCUGGUUUAACAGCCUCUUCUGGUGGGAAUGCAGGACACUGGAGGAAACGGCUCUUGCAAAAAGUACAAUCUGCCCUGAUUUCUUCCCUGGAAAUAGGAGAUGAAAAACUGCAGUUGGUGCAAACAGUGCAGGAUGUGAUUGAAAAUAAAUCAAGACAACUGGAAACAGAUUGCAAAGCUUUAGAGUUUAGCAAAGAUAGAGAAUCAGUUGAAUGUGCAAAGGAUAAUACUACCAAUACAAAAGAGACCACUUCUGCAACUGGAGGUAAUUCAGGCAACACAGGAGAAAGAACCAAAAGAGCAAGAAGAGCUCGGCCAGAUGAUCGCGAUUCUCCAGUACCCACCACUCCCGUCAAUGUUGGGGUUUCUCAAAGAAAAACUUCGAAUGCCGCUAAUUCGACUGCCGCAUCAUCUGUUGCUAAAAAGAAGAAACGUCGAUCUGGACGAGGCAAUGAACGAGAAAAAGAAAGAAGCGCUUCACCCCAGGAAAUGCCCAUUGAUCCGGACGAGCCAACUUACUGUCUUUGUGAUCAGGUUUCCUUUGGUGAGAUGAUUGGCUGCGACAACGACUUGUGCCCUAUUGAGUGGUUCCAUUUCUCUUGUGUUCAACUUACAACAAAACCAAAAGGCAAAUGGUAUUGUCCACGUUGUCGAGGUGACAGACCUACUGUUAUGAAGCCGAAAGCUCAAUUUCUUAAGGAGCUUGAACGAUAUAACAAAGAAAAAGAGGAAAAGGCUUAAAAAUGUAUUUUUCUUGUGUCCCCUUCCCUUCAACAUCUUGUCACAGAUAAAGACCAAGUGGUCUUUAUCUGUGAUCUCGUUUUCUUUCUCAUCACUUGUGUAUGUAUAAAAGAAAAAAACAACUGCCUCCUCAUUAUUUGUAGGUUGAAUAAAAAAAUUUUUACAAUUGGUCUUCCUAAAUAACAUCAAUACAGCAAGUUAUAUUUUAA